CAUACAAAGUACACACAAAAUGCCGUGCUUUAUGCGAGAGAAGAGUCUAUCAUACCGCCCUCGGCGGGACAAGUCAAAAGAUAGAGAUGUGUUGGCGCCGAAACCAGUGCAUCCUCGAGCCCUAAGAUUCCAUGGGCUGUUUGGCAUGUCCUACGUGCGCCAACAUGUUAUGGUCGAUGAGCGAUGGACGCCCAACUCGUUGACCGAGCAAUUUGGUGGAAUGACAGAUUUGCUAAACCGUCGUGUAAUCUACAAAAGAUACGAGACAAAGGCCAAUCGGCAGCGAUACUUUCGGGAUUGUAAGCGAUUGAAAUUGCAGUGCCGUGAUGGACGAGUGAAGCUCCAAAACAUCCUCACCGGGGAUAACACCCACAAGAUACGCAACUUUUUGAUCAAACAUAGAGACAUGCAACGUCUAUAUCAGAGGAUGCCCAUUCAUCAGGUUGUGGACAAUAUCAAUCAACGCACAUUUGUUCUGCGCAAGGAGCGAGAUCGUCUCGAGUUUCGUUUGGAUCAACGCAAGCAUGAAUACAGGGAAUUGUUGCUCGAUCGUGCCGUGCUAGAGAAUCGCAUUAAAUAUCGCAAUGAGUUUGUCCUGGAAGAAGAGCUCAAGUCGCGUGUGUUUAUCAAGAAAAUAGAAAACUCAAAUGUGCGCUUGAAGGCCAUCAAGACCAUAAACAAUACAUAUAAGAAAAUAAUACAGGUCCUGCUACAUGAUGCAAUAUUUUACGAGCCCAUUCUUCGCUCUCUCAAUGCUGAUAUGGAGGAUCAGUCGAAUUUUAUAAAGCAUAUACUCUAUCUGGGAAUUCCGGCUAUAGCUAAGUUUAAGGAACUUAACUAUGAGUUUAGACAGCUCGAGGAUAAGUCCCGUAAGAAUCUUCAAGCGAAGCUUCAAAUGUUGGCUUCCCUGAAGAAGCCACCGAUUGUUCAAACAACCCAUGCCAGGCACAAAGAAGAGAUCUCUAAAACAGCGAAUCCAAAGCGAUAUGUGCGUGAGACGCGAAGCAUGGAGAUUCUUAAGUUGGUGCUAAAGUCCAUCGAAAACACCAUCAAGGAGGUAAAAUUUGUGACUCUAUGCUCACAGGCGAGGGAAAUUUAUCCACGCAUGAAGAGCCAGGUGGACAACAAUGAGAAGCUUCAUCGCUUAAUAGAGAAUGACAUGUUGGCCCAUGAGAUGCUCGAGACGAAAAUGAAAUGCGCAAAUGUGCUCAGGGGAGUGCUGGUAAACAAUCUGUCUGAAGAGGAAAUUAAUCGACUUGAGCGCAUCAAGGACUUGAAAAAGAUAUUGUCUCAAGAAGAUGAGACUGAGCGUUCAACUUUGGAGCAUAUAAAGAAUCGUGGCGAUGCUUAUGUUAUGCUUCGCGUAAACAUUUGGAAUUUAAUUGAAAUUCUGCGGCAUGUAGAUCGUCCGCCUAGAUCGUUGCGGUCUCAUUAUCCAAAUUCGUAUCUUAAAUUGCCACUACUAAAAUUCGAGAUGCUCACUAUGCGCGCUGCGGCACCAGAAAUUUACGAGGAGAACAUUGAUAAUGUCAUGCAUUUGUUGAAGCGUAAGGUUUACAAACUGAUGAAGGGUUAUUUGGUGGAGAUGAAGCCGGCGAUGAUAAAUCGCAAUAAAGAGGAGUAUCACGCCGAUUUCUUGGCCAGUCGAUAUUAUUUUGAGGCCACCGAGGAUGAUGAUCAACAGGCCGUUUCCCAAGAGCAAGAUCUGUUGCAGGAGAACAAGACCAUGGCCAAUAUACCGAAUCGCAAACAAAUUAAGGCGGCAAGUGCCAAAUUCCUUGAAGACAUGGCCAAACGCGAUGAAUAAAUUGCAGUUUCAUUUCAAAUUUGAAGUUAAGAGCUGAAUGCAGCGCAGAGUAUUAGAGAUUUAUGUAUGCUCCGGCGGUAAAGUAACAUUGCAAUAAACUCCCGCACAAUAAAUAGCACAAAGAAAAAUAAC